CGUUGCUUGGCAACGACUCAAGCUAGAAUUUUGUGUUUGCAGACUCUAUUUUAUCACUGCUGUUUUCACAACAAAAUAACACGUUACACGCGACUCACGAAUUUAUUGUGUAUAAAAACUAUUGGAAUAAUACGCACAAUAUACUUUGAAAGUAAACAAUGACAGACAACUCCAGCAUGGACGUGAUUACUCAGCGUCCAAGGACUCCAAAUGACCAGUACACAGUUCUCACAAAGCAACAAAUAAAGAACAUAUCAAAAACUGCUGAAGCAUCCCCCCACUUCCACAUCACAAAGCCUAAAGUAUUUGAUGACAGGCGAAAAUAUAUGGACAGACAUGCGACGUGUACCAAUCAAUAUCAUCUAAGAGGAAAACCAAUGUCUCAGCCCUAUGACUGGAUAGAUUUCCAGUGGAGUCGAUAUCCAGCUGAAAAGUAUGACACAUGUAGAGAUGGAGCAAGUUUCAGAUGGGGCCCUUCAAAAACAGGUGAAAGAACACUGAGUCACUAUCAAGGUGAAACAAUAGACAGAUAUACAACAAUAGAUAUGUACAGAAGACCUGCCACUAACAACCUCAGCCAAUGUGUCAUGUCCUAUGGUAGGCCCAGCUAUGGCUAUUACACCCAGAGAUACCCAUCCAAAUCAACAUGGUUUGGAGCUUCAACUCCCUUAAACCAAACUAAUGUCCUACAAACAGUGCCACAAAAGACGAAGGAAGAAUAUGACAAUAUUAAUUAUGCCCAACAAUGUGCCAGUAAAUCCAGAGAUGGAAAGUGGCCAGACUAUUCAGAAUACACAGACAAACUCUUACUAAGAUCAAAAACAGAACCUAGAAUAAACAAUUUGGAACAAAAGAAAAGGUAUGUCCAACUAGCAGAAAUAUGUGUGUGACACUCAAAGUAAUGGAACAAUGUGACAGACAUACCUACUUAACAGAAGUGAAUAUGUAUGUCUCGAUAUGGAAUCAGUUAUUAAUAUCACAUGCAAUAUACAAUACAAAACAUGAAAAAUGGAGAUUUAGACUUUACUACAAAUAUAACGAUAUGAGUAGAAAUAUACUUUAUUUCUAGCCAGAAUCCAUUAUUGUCUGUAGGUGACCGAAUCACAUUUCUGAAAUGCAAAUUCUUCGUUGAUUCUGCAGUAACGGGAAAAACGAAAUACUCUAAUGUGUGUGUAUGAUACAUGUGCCAUGUGAUAUAUUUUGAAGUACAGCACAGAAGGAAGUGUGGUAUUUCAAUUAAUAUGAGAUUUUCAUAAUCUUGACUUAAGAUAUCAGUGCUGGACACUGGAUAGUGGAUAUUAAGUCUAUUGACCAUCAAGUCAUGGAAAACUAUAAAACAUUGACAAAAUGGUGGCAUUUUGAGUUGUGUAUCAUAUUUUAUUAAUUUUUAUGUCACCACCAGAAGUGGUGACAUACUGUUAUAGUCUCCAACUUUUUUGUUGAUAGUGUUUGGUGUUCAGUGGUCGGU